GGCCUUAAUGUACUUUAGUUAGCCAUGGACCGUGAGGCUGUUCGAAUCCACUUUUCCGCUUGACAGGAUUCGUUCGGACACUAGAAAAUGGCUUGUGAAGCUAAACGACCCAAGGUGGACAACGAUGCUUCCCUGCAGAACUUCCUCCGGUGGUGCGAUUGCGUCAACCUAGUGCUGAGCAAGAAAGUCCAAGUGUGUAAGGGAGGCGUGGUGGCCGACUACGGGAUGGUAGCUCAGGAAGACAUCGGGGAAGGCGAGGUGUUGUUCACCAUCCCCAGAUCAGCUCUUCUUCACCAGGGCACGACACACGUUGCAGCCCUGCUGGAGCAAGAGAAGGACUCCCUGGAGAGCACAUCAGGGUGGGUGCCGCUCCUGCUGGCUCUGCUGUAUGAAUACACCACAACACAGUCCAAAUGGAAACCAUACCUGUCAUUAUGGACGGACUUCAAGAUGCUAGACCACCCCAUGUUCUGGUCCAAAGAGGAGCGAGAUUCAUUACUGCGGGGAACCGGCAUUCCAGAGGCGGUGGACAAAGACCUGGUUAACAUCAAGAGGGAAUACAGAGAUGUAGUCCGACCCUUUAUUUCCAAGCAUCCUGACAUGUGGAACACCCGCACGCACACUCUGGAGCUGUACACGCAGCUUGUGGCUUUUGUCAUGGCGUACAGUUUCCAAGAGCCGCAAGAAGAGGAUGAUGAUGAAGAUGAUGAGGAGGACCCACCCAAUCCACCCAUGAUGGUUCCCAUGGCCGAUAUGCUCAACCAUGUGUCCAAACACAAUGCCAAUCUGGAGUUCACGCCAGAUUCUUUGAAGAUGGUAUGCGUGCGCCCCAUCAAAAAAGGCGAGGAGGUGUUCAACACAUACGGGCAGAUGGCCAAUUGGCAGCUGCUGCACAUGUACGGCUUCACCCAGACGCACUCCGACAACGAUGCCGACACCGCCGACAUCCCCGUCAUCAACCUGUACAAAGCAGCCACAAAAGAGCCGGAUGGGGAUCAACAGCUGUUGGCAGAGAUGUGGGAGCUGCUCAGGGAUAAAGAAGCGUUUGUUUUCGGCAAAGACAGCUGCUUCACUCACACGGAGCUACACAGUGUGCUCAAGGUGUUGUGCAUGUCCAGGGAAGAGUUCUUGGAGUUCAAAAACAAUGACGGAUGGGAGGACGACGAGGAUGAGGAUGAGACGAUUUUUCAGGUCUUCUCCAACGAUGGGCUCUUGGAAUUAAAGAGCAAGUGGAGGCGGCUCAUCCACGAAGCGGCACGUUUGACCGUGAUGGGCUACCCCAACCUGGAUGAGGACCGGGUCCUGAUGGAGGACCAGGCUUCGCUAGAGAGACUAAGCCGCAGGCAGAGAAAUGCACUUAAGGUCCGAUAUGGACAGAAAAGCAUCCUGGACAAAGUCAUGGAGCUCACAAAGUCAUGAACGUGGAACUCUUUCUUUCCUUCAUCAAUUAAAGUUUCAUCCCAAUGUAUAUGUAGGUUACUUGAUACAGUUUUACACCUGCCACAUGCUGAAAACCUGUUUCGUUAUUAAAGCCAUUUUAAAGAACAGUGGACCCACA